AUGGACUCUCAUGACGCCCAAGAAUAUGUCACCAACCUGGCCAACAAUGCCGCCGAACAAUUCCAGAAAAUCCCUGGGUCCGCCAUCUUCCUUCGCUACGUGAAGUCCAGUUACCAGAACGACCCGAUCCGGUCUGCCGUCGAGCUCUUCCUGGUGCUGUUCGCAAUUCGAUAUUUGCUAGCUCCAAAGUAUUCGACCAAGCAGAAUUAUGUGAAGUUGUCUGAUGAGGAAAUCGACGAUUUGGUUGAUGAGUGGACGCCGGAGCCUCUGGUUGGGAAGACCACACCCUUCGAGGAAGCAGAACUGGAAAGGCACCCCAUCAUCGUCGGACCCAGUGGCCCCCGAACCAAACUGAAUAACGGCCGAACAGUGAUCAACCUAGCCUCGUACAACUUCUACAAUUUUAUCUCGAACGAAAACCUCAAAGAGCGGGCUAUUCAGACACUGCGUACUUAUGGAGUUGGGCCCUGCGGCCCGCCCGGUUUCUAUGGUACCCAGGACGUCCACAUGAAGAUCGAGGCGGACAUUGCGGCCUUCCUCGGUACUACGGCAUGCAUCAUCUAUGCUCAAGCGUUUUCCACGAUUUCCAGUGUCAUUCCGGCCUUUUCCAAGAGAGGGGACAUAAUCGUUGCCGACAAAGCCGUGAAUUAUGCCAUUCGAAAGGGUAUACAGAUUUCCAGAAGUGCAGUCAGAUGGUAUGAACACAACGAUAUGGAAGAUCUACAGAGGGUGCUGGCCAAGGUUACCAAGGAACAAGCCAAAAAGCCGCUGACAAGACGGUUUAUCAUUACUGAGGGACUGUUCGAGAAUGUUGGUGAUAUGGUUGAUUUGCCCAAAAUUAUUGAGUUGAAGCUCAAGUACAAGUUCCGACUGAUCCUUGACGAGACGUGGUCGUUUGGCGUCUUGGGUCGAACUGGUCGAGGUGUGACUGAACACCAGCACGUUGACGCAGCAGAGGUGGACAUGAUUGUCGGCUCAAUGGCAGGUCCUUUGUCGGCGGCAGGAGGUUUCUGCGCGGGGUCGGAUGAAGUUGUCGAGCACCAGCGAUUAUCUGCGGCCUCGUAUACCUUCUCUGCAGCGCUGCCAGCCAUGUCCGCUGUCACGGCAAGCGAGACCUUGAUGAUGUUGCAGACUCAGCCGGACUUGUUUUUCCAAUUGAAAGAGAAUAUCAAGGCCAUGUGGCAGCAGCUUGACCCGCGAAGUGAUUGGAUGUACUGUACAAGUGCACCCGAGAAUCCAAUCAUGUUGCUGGUGCUGAAGCCUGAGGUGGUUUCAUCACGGAGGUUGACGUUCGAGGAUCAACAACAAUUGCUGCAGGACAUCGUGGACGAGUGCCUCGCGCAGAACGUUCUCAUCACCCGGGCCAAGUCACUCCCCGCGGGACCCUCAGGCACCAAGACCGAUAUUUUUACGCCGUUACCUGCUCUCAGGAUUUGCAUAACCAUCGGCUUGACCAAGAAAGAGAUCGAGAAGGCAGGCAUCACGAUUCGGCACGCAAUUACGAAAAUCCUUACACGGAAACGGUGA